AGCUCUGAAGACAUCUUCCUCCGAAACGUCGGCCGUUGUAUCCUAGAAGAUAGAACUCUUCAUAACUACCGCUGUGUGAACUAAUAUGUUUGCUUUCCUCACGGAUUCCGUUCGUUUCGGCACGGCGUGCUGUGUGAAUAAGGCUUAAAACUGGAAGGAAGUGGAGUAACUACUCGCACAAUAAGCAGUUUUAUUGUAUUUGUCUGCUUAUUAACAGUUGGUGGUUGGAGGACGAAAGAAACCGAAUAUCAUGAACGGCCGGGGGCGGGGGUGUACGUUACGCAACCUGUGUAUUCGACUGUAAAAUGGCGAGCAGUUCGUUGAAAGCGGUGCAGAGUGUAUUCAAAGCAAUGGUUUCUUCCAAAGGCUUCGAUAGAGUAUUAGAUAAGGUGAAAAUCAUCAGUGCAGGUGAUGGGAACUGCCAUGCUGAACUGGUGGUCGGACCUGAGCACAAGAACAAGAUAGCUACUCUACAUGGAGGAAUGACAGCAACACUGGUUGAUACGUUAUCAACAAUGGGUCUACUCACACACAAAGUAGGGGUCCCAGGUGUGACAGUGGAUCUGCAUGUCUCGUACAUGAAGGCAGUCGCAGAUGGGGAAACGAUAGUGAUCGAUUGCAGCACCUUGAAAGCUGGCAGGAGAUUGGCUUUCCUCAGUGUGGAAAUCACAAAAAAACAGACAGGGGAACUAGUCGCAAGGGGCUCACACACCAAGUUUAUUGGAAGCUAGAUCUUCCAAUCAGUGCAGUCAGUAGCCUUUCUGAGUUCACUGGAUGCUACUGUAUAUAUUUUCAGGCACAUGACUUCAUCAUCAUAGUGUGGGGUGUUGAAUCUGUGGACUGUGGUGCUGCCAGCUGGAUUUGAAUUGAGAUGUAAUGUGGUGGCAUUAGCACCGAGAAAAAGAAUGCACAACCAGCAGGACUACUGUGUAUGCCAUUACAGUAGUCUAGUCAACAGCCACUGCAUGCCUGUUUAAUGCUGUACAGACCAAGCUACUGAUAGUACUGUUAAAUGAAACAUAAAAAGAAUGUCCAUUGUGUUGUAUUCUCCAUCCUCUUGAAACAUCUCAGCAGUUGGUUCCCCAUUGUCAUGUAGGAGACAGAAUGUAUGAGGAUCCUUCUAUCAGACUUUUCCUCCAUUAUCUUUUUACUGAGCAGAUUGGUCUAGCAGCAGGAUUGUAUUGCAGAGGUACUCAGUUUGAAUCUUGGCUGGGACACUGCCUAUCCUGAUUAUGCUCUUCCAUGGUUGGACAAAUGCCAGAUGAGGCCAUUCCUUCCAAAACAUUUUUAAUUCAUCAUCCACCUACCCUCUGAUGAUAUAUGUUGUGUAGAUACUGAAAGUGUAAACUACAUCCCACUCCCCAAAUCAUGUAGUUCAGACAGCAGUCGUUACAAUUAUACCUGCAGGUGCAAAGCAGUUUGAACACAGACAUGACACACGGUGAAUAUGUCGUGAGGAACUGAAAUACAGUAAUUGUAAUGGUAAAUUUUAUUGAUAUUUAAGACAGGAUCUAAGAAUUAACUCCUAUAAAGUACUCAGAAUUACUUGGUUUUUAGACUUUUUCCAUUGUCCGGUAUUCUAGAAACUAGAAAACAUGAUGUCUCAGAAACUGGAUCUGUGUCUGUCCUCAGGCAAGGAAGGAAGACGCCUACUCAGUUGAGUCCCUUAGAAAGAGCUAACCUCAAUCGCUGAAUAACCCACCCCCUUCACCUGAGGAUG